UUAACAGUUAUAGACGCAAGUGGAAAAAUUCCAAGUGGAAUUUUGAUAGGAAAUUUGGCUGAUCUUGGAAGUUAUCAUCAAUGUCUAAGCAUUCAAUAUUUAGCAGAUGAGUUAGAAAUCGCAGGGAAAUAUUGUUUAAUCCAUGUAUCUCUAAACCAAAACACAAGAAUUGAAAACUCACAAACACUGGAUUUAGACAAAAAAUGGCCAACAUUAGAAAACUAUACCAGUGAACAUAUUGAACGAAAUUUAAAUCUAAAACAACUAGCUCAAUUAAUAUCAGGGACUGAAAACACUAUGACUUCUAGAGCAAUAACGUCUAACAUACAAUCUACUACGACCUUGACUUUGGCUAUUUGCGUUCCAAAAGUAUGCACACCGAAACAAGUUAUUAAUUUAAUUGGUUCAUUAAAUAACAUAAAUUUAACUUUUGACGAAUACUUCUGUCGGUUACCAAAUGACAAACCUGUGAGCAUAGCAGAUUAUAUAAGCAUUUCAAUCUUCUCUUUGAUAUUAUUGAUAACAAUAAUAAGUACUUCAUACGAUUUGUAUCAAACAUAUGUUUUGAAAAAAGAAAAUUCCGAAAUUGAUAGACUUUAUAGAAGCUUUUCCAUACAUACUAAUACUAAGAGGCUACUUUCUUUCAACUAUGGUCCUGGUGCUUUGGAAUGCGUUGAUGGCAUCCGAGCCAUUUCGAUGCUGUGGGUUAUAUUCGGUCACACGUACUGCUUGAUCCCUUUGAGUUUCGUUUCAAACGCUGCUUAUAUUUUAAACUGGUUAACAUCAUUUAGAAGUAUUUGGGUGAAUUCCGCGCCAAUCUCUGUGGAUACAUUUUUUAUGCUAAGUGGUGUUCUUUGUGUUUAUACCGCCAUCGGGAAGAUAAGUAGAUGGAAAUUCAUCAAAUCUCUACAUCUUUUUUAUUUGUACCGUCUUCUGCGAAUAUUCCCACUGCUGGCUGCUGUGAUUCUGCUCCAAGCUUCUUUACUCCAUCGAGUAUCCGAUGGCCCGGUGUGGACAGAUGUGGGGUAUUCGACGGAAUCAUGCAGACGGCGAUGGUGGUCAGCGUUGCUGCAUGUGCAGAAUUAUGUGAAGCCUCUUAAUAUGUGCUUACAACACACUUGGUACCUAUCUGUAGAUGUGCAACUCUAUAUUAUCAGCCCUGUAGUCAUAGUGUGGUUGUUUGGAAGUGCCAUGGUCGCUUGGUGUUCCCUCGUGGCAGGCGUUGUUAUAACCUUAGCCAUAUCUAGUGUUUACAGCUUCAUGUAUAAUUACUCCGCCGCUAUUGCUAAUCCAAGACGUUUCGAUGAAAUGAGAGAUUAUUUCGUGUAUUAUUACAUGAAUACAUUGCCUCGAGCGUCGCCAUUUUUCAUCGGAAUGCUGUAUGGAUACUUGUUACACAAAUUUAAAGGAAAAAAUCUUCGCAUGCAAAAGAGUCUCGUAGCAACGUUAUGGACGUUAUCAAUUGCGUUGAUGGCUUUCUGUAUAUUCAGUAUAUACCCCAUUAUGCAAGUGGACCACGAUAAACAGAUGUUCGACAAUUUCCUCAACGCAUACAUGAGAGGUAUCUGGGCAAUGACCUUGGGUUGGCUGAUCUUUGCCUGUGUUCACGGUUAUGGAGGACCGAUUAAUUGGUUCCUCUCUCUGCAAAUAUGGAAGCUGCCAGCUCGUCUCUCGUACGCUAUGUAUCUCAUACACUUCCCUCUCAUCAUGAUCGCUAACGGCAGUAUGACCACCACGUUAUACUUCAACGAUGCAAACAUUAUUUAUCGAGGUGUGAGUAACGUAGUGUUCACGAUCCUUGCAGCGUUUAUCCUCUGUGUCAUCAUUGAUGCUCCAUUUUCCACAGUUCAGAAAUUUCUUCUUGAGAAAGGCAAGAGUAAACCCAAAGAAAUAAAUAUAACCGAAUCUCAAACAGAUAUUAUAGAAAACAAUGAAAAUGGAAAAUAG